AUGGCUUCUCGACUGAUUAUCGAAAACGCAUCUGUUCUCACACUUGAUCAGAACAAUAACUACCAUACAAAUGCGAUAGUAAUUAUCGAAAAUGGGCGAUUUACUCAAAUUCUUCCCGAUGGAACUCAUUUUGAGUCGACGAGCAACGAUCAGACAAUCGAUGCUACUGGGAAAUUAUUAAUGCCCGCACUAGUCGACCUACAUUUUCACACGGCUAUUGCCAAAGGUUGGAAUGAUCAUCUUCCACUUUGGGAAUAUCUUGAUGAAUGUUGGUAUCCAGCGAUUCGUGCUCUAGAUAAAGAAGCUGCAUAUUGGGCUGCUAUGGCUUCGUAUAUGGAAGCGAUUAAGAACGGAACAGGAACAGUGAAUGAUAUGUACAGGCAAUUGGACGGUCUAGCUGAUGCUGCAGAUGAAAUCGGCAUUCGAGCUGUACUUUCGAAUGAUGUCGCGCUCGGAGAAUUCAAUUUAGAUACUCUUGAAGACAAUGUGGCUGCUUUUCGGAAACAUAAUGGUAGGGCUAAUGGAAGAAUUCAAGUUUGGUUUGGCAUUGAAUGGCUUCCUCUCGCAGAUCUCGAACUCUUAAAACAAACGAGAAAAUUGGCUAAUGAAUUAGGUACGGGUAUUCAUAUUCAUCUAAAUGAAUCAAUAAGCGAAAUAGAUUCCACCAUUCAACGAUUCCAUAAACGUCCGACAGAAGUCGCUCACGAAGCAGGAAUUUUAGGACCAGAUUGUGUAGCUGCUCAUUGUGUUCAUCUCUCCGACAAUGAAAUCGAUCUUCUCGCUAAAUCAGGUACUCAUAUCUCCCACAACCCGGCUUCGAACGCUAAACUUGGCAACGGAAUCGCUCGUCUACCCGAAAUGAUCCAAGCCGGUAUCAAUGUAGGUUUAGGACACGAUGCCGCCGAAUGUUCAAACUUCGUCGACAUGUUUACCGUCAUGAAAUUUGCUUCGUUGAUACACCGUGCUGCACGGCAAACAACUGAUAUUGGUAAACCAAACGAUAUUAUUAGAAUGGCGACAGUUAAUGGACAAAAGGCACUUGGACAUGGUCAUGAAUUAGGUUCGAUCGUCGAAGGUUUCAAAGCGGAUUGUAUUCUGAUUGAAAUGAAGAGUGCGGAAUUUACUCCGUUGAUUCAGGGAGAUUUAAAGCAUUUGACUAGCCAUCUGGUGUUUUCCGCAAGUGGAAAUUGCGUGGACACGACGAUCAUUGAUGGUCGAAUUGUCAUGCAGAACAGAAAAAUGCUCACUGUGAAUGAAGAACAAGUUAUUACCGAAGCGAAUAAGUCUUUUGCUCGAAUCAAAGACAAAAUGAAGAUUCUCGUUCGAGAGAAAAACUAA